GCACAUGUUGCUGCUUUGCUUUCCAUCGGAAGAACUACGAAGCGGUGCUGGAAAAAAGCCCUAAUGUCUAUGGGAAUAAUAGCCGGACAGGCAGUGUGAAAAACUCACUCAGAUCCCACAACUUUGACAAGACAUUGAUCUUUUUUUUUUUUUCUUUUUUUUUUUCUAAUCGUUGAGAUUAAUUGUUACGUUUGUUGUUGUUUAUUUUAUUUUUAUAUACCUAGACGAGGUUUUGUUUGUUUUUGAUACUACGGAUCAGGCCUGAAUAAUAUCGGAUGUGAUGUCCAGCUCGCCGCUGUCCAAGAAGCGUCGCGUGUCAGACUCCGAGACGAAGACGGGAUCACACUGCUCCUCCUCUAACUCUGUCAGAACUGAACUGUCUCACACACCCUCCAACGGCAUGGCUAAGAAUGGCAAUGAUGCUGAGAUCGACGAAGGCCUGUACUCCAGACAGCUCUACGUGUUGGGCCAUGAUGCUAUGAAGCGCAUGCAGAGCUCUAACAUCCUGGUCUCAGGGCUGAGAGGGCUGGGCGUGGAGAUUGCUAAGAACGUCAUCCUGGGAGGAGUGAAGAGUGUUACCCUGCACGACCAGGGACAGGCUGAAUGGAGAGACCUCUCCUCACAGUUCUACCUGCGUGAGGAGGACCUGGAAAACAGGGCUGAGGUGUCUCGGAUUCGUCUGGCUGAACUCAACAGCUAUGUACCUGUAGUGGCCUACACUGGAGUCCUCAUCGACGAUUACCUGACUCAGUUCCAGGUUGUGGUCCUGACCAACUCCCCUCUAGAGGAGCAGCAGCGUGUUGGAGACUUCUGUCACUGUAACGGCAUCAAGCUGGUGAUCGCUGACACACGGGGACUCUUCGGACAGCUCUUCUGCGACUUCGGAGAGGAGAUGCUGGUGAUCGAUACCAACGGAGAGCAGCCUCUCUCUGCUAUGAUCUCCAUGAUCACCAAGGACUCUUCAGGCGUAGUGACGUGUCUAGACGAGGCUCGCCACGGGUUUGAGAGUGGAGACUUCGUGACCUUCACCGAGGUCCAGGGCAUGACUGAGCUCAACGGCUGCCAGCCAGUAGAAAUCAAGACCCUGGGCCCCUACACCUUCAGUAUCUGUGACACCACAGGUUUCUCCGACUACGUCAGGGGGGGCAUCGUCUCUCAGGUCAAGAUGCCCCAGAAGGUGGCCUUCAAACCCCUGACUGUGUCCAUGGCAGAGCCAGAGUUUGUGCUGACAGACAAGUUUGCCAGGACAGUUUCCCUUCACCUGGGCUUCCAGGCUCUACACAGCUACCAGAGGAAACACAGCAGGCUUCCCAAGCCCUGGUGCCAGGCUGAUGGAGAGGAGUUGGUGUCCCUGGCUAAAGAGGUUAACUCCAGCCAGACGGGGUCAGCCAAAGUGGACGAGCUGGAUGACAAGCUCAUUAAGAAACUGGCCUUCGUCUCCGCCGGCGACCUGGCACCAAUCAACGCUUUCAUUGGUGGACUGGCCGCACAGGAAGUUCUGAAGGCAUGUACAGGGAAGUUCAUGCCCAUAAUGCAGUGGCUGUAUUUUGAUGCUCUGGAGUGUCUGUCUGAGGAAGAGGGAGGAGCCAUGCUCACUGAGGAGGACUGUGCCCCUAGAAACAGUCGUUAUGACGGCCAGAUCGCUGUGUUUGGCUCCCAGCUGCAAGAGGAGUUGGCUAAACAACGUUACUUCCUGGUUGGGGCUGGCGCUAUUGGCUGUGAGCUGCUGAAGAACUUUGCCAUGAUUGGAUUGGCCAGCGGGGAGGGUGAGGUCAUCGUGACGGACAUGGACACCAUAGAGAAAUCCAACCUCAACAGACAGUUCCUCUUCAGGCCGUGGGACGUGACGAAGAUGAAGAGCGAGACUGCGGCGGCGGCGGUGAAGCAGAUGAACCCGUCCAUCCGGAUCACGGGACACCAGAACCGCGUCGGGCCCGACACCGAGCGAGUCUACGAUGACGACUUCUUCGAGAGCCUCCACGGAGUCGCAAACGCUCUGGACAACGUCGACGCACGUAUGUAUAUGGACCGGAGGUGUGUCUACUACAGGAAGCCCCUGUUAGAGUCCGGGACUCUGGGCACCAAGGGAAACGUGCAGGUGGUCAUCCCCUUCCUGACCGAGUCAUACAGCUCCUCCCAGGACCCCCCGGAGAAGUCCAUCCCCAUCUGCACGCUGAAGAACUUCCCCAACGCCAUCGAACACACCCUGCAGUGGGCCCGGGAUGAGUUUGAGGGUCUCUUUAAACAGCCAUCGGAGAAUGCCAUGCAGUACCUCACUGAUGCUAAGUUCCUGGAGAGGACCCUGAAGCUGCCUGGAGCCCAGCCCCUAGAGGUGUUGGAGGCCGUCUAUAAGAGCCUGGUGACGGACUGCCCUCACAGCUGGGCCGACUGUGUCACCUGGGCCCGACACCACUGGCAGUGUCAGUACAGCAACAACAUCUGUCAACUACUGCACAACUUCCCCCCAGAACAGCUGACCAGCUCUGGCGCCCCCUUCUGGUCCGGUCCAAAGAGAUGUCCUCACCCUCUAGAGUUCAGUACCAGCAACCACCUCCAUAUGGACUAUGUGGUGUCAGGAGCCAACUUGUUUGCCCAGUCGUACGGCAUGCAGGGCUCUACCGACCGUGUCGCCGUGGCUAAGAUCCUGGACAGCCUAUCGGUGCCCACCUUCGUCCCCAGGUCAGGGGUCAAGAUCCACGUCUCCGACCAGGAGCUGCAGAGCGCUAACGCCAACGUCGAUGACAACAGGCUGGAGGAACUGAAGACUCUGCUGCCUGGACCUGAAGCUUCUUCUCAUUUUAAACUCACUGCCAUCGACUUUGAGAAGGAUGAUGACUCUAACUUCCACAUGGACUUCAUCGUGGCGGCGUCCAACCUACGAGCAGAGAACUAUCACAUUCCCCCUGCCGACAGACACAAGAGUAAGCUGAUAGCUGGGAAGAUCAUUCCUGCGAUAGCGACCACCACGUCGGCGGUCGUAGGUCUGGUCUGUCUGGAGCUCAUCAAGAUCGUUCAGGGACACAAGAAGGUGGAGUCGUUUAAGAACGGCUUCAUGAACCUGGCGCUGCCGUUCUUCACCUUCUCAGAACCCAUCUCUGCUCCCAGCCACAAGUACUAUGAGAUUGACUGGUCUCUGUGGGAUCGUUUUGAGGUGAAGGGUCUGCAGGCCAAUGGAGAGGAGAUGACCCUCCGACAGUUCCUGGACUACUUCAAGAAUGAGCAUCUCACCAUGCUGUCUCAGGGAGUCUCCAUGCUCUACUCCUUCUUCAUGCCUGGCCUCAAGGAGAGGCUGCUGUUACCGAUGACAGAGAUUGUGACCAAGGUUUCUAAGAAGAAGCUGGGGAAGCAUGUGAAAGCUCUGGUGUUUGAGCUGUGCUGCAACGACCUGACUGACGAAGAUGUGGAGGUUCCCUACGUCAGAUACACCAUCCGCUGAACCCACACACACACACACACACACACACACACACACACCACCGGGGAAUCACUGAGGGAGGAGAGAAGAGAAGGCUUUGGACAAGUUACUUGGUUUAAAUGGUUAUUGGAGCACUGAUUGGUUGAGAGGAUGAGUCCAAAAUGGCACCCUAUUCCCUAUAUAGUACACGACUUUCGACCACUCAAAGUGUUGUAUUGUAUAGCGUGUCAUUGGGGCUGGUGUUACCAGGCGCUGUGAUGUGCUGAGGGAUGAAGGAGUUUGUAUAUUGGACUUUUUAGACUUUCUGUGUAUCUGCUUAUUUUAAUGCUAUUAAGGGUUUAGUGUCUCUACCCUCUCCCUGUACCCUACCGCUCUAGUUCCCUGUACCCUACCGCUCUGGUUCCCUGUACCCUACCGCUCUAGUUCCCUCUCCCUGU